AUGUGGUGUUCCAAGAUAAGACAAACACUUGCUAAUUUGAGUGCACAAGCAGGAAAUGUGAAACAUCCAUUUCCUUUCAGGCAAACAAAACAGUCCUCCAGUGGCACAAAAGCGUUGCUUUUACUGCUAAAUCUCAAACAUUCAGAAACUCUUUGCUUCACUGUGGAAUUUUAUAUUUAUCAUUUGGAUGUUAUGGAUAAAAACAGUACUUACUCUCCGAUCACAUGGCCACCAAAGUUUUGGGAGCAGAUAACAAUAGCGUUCACAGUGUCCAUGGUGGUCGGACUGGUGAUUGGAGGGAUCAUCUGGGCUUUGUUUACUUGCUUGUCCCGUCGCCGAGCUAGUGCCCACAUUUCCCAGGGAAGCUCCUCCUCCUACAAUCGCCGGUCCAGACCCCCCUCCCAUGGCCACUCUGCCAGCAGGACUGGAUUUUAUCGCAACAGUAGCUGUGAACGUCGGAGCAACCUCAGCCUGGCCAGCCUCACCUUCCAGCGGCAAGCAUCCUUGGAGCAAGCCAACUCCUUCCCCCGCAAGUCAAGCUUCCGAGCAUCCACCUUCCACCCCUUCCUGCAAAGUCCUCCCCUCCCGGUGGAAACGAACAGUCAGCUGAUCACUCUGACCCCUACAAGUACCACCACAACUCUCGUGGGAAGCACCACCAACAGCUUAAGUCGACCCGAAUUUCACUGGUCUAACAACAGCCUCCGCAUCUGCCACUCCACGCAAACCCCUCCUCCUGCCUAUGAAACCAUCAUAAAAGCAUUCCCAGACUCCUGAACUAGUUUCUUGCUCAAACACACUCCAGACUCCUGAACUAGUUUCUUGCUGCAAACACAUUCAUGAAUUUUAGGAGGAACCUCAAUCAUCUCAAACAAUUUUCUGUGCACGCUGAGGAUCUCUGAGAAGUCUCCUGUUGCUGAGACAUGUCGCAGAGGGGACUUACAUUGCUAAGAGGUGGCUAGCACUGAUUUUUAGAGCACACUGUCCUGCUGGCCAAGGAAUCAUCUGUCUUUCAUGCCACCAGCCUCAACUUACUGAUCUGCAGUAAACCCAUGUAUUUAUACUACUGUAUCUUUAAUUAUAACCUUUGUAUCUUUUAGUUUAGAGGAAAGAAAAUGCUGCCACAUAAGAAACUGAUAAUUUCUUGAAGAAACAGAUCAUGUUAGGAAUUACUGAUACAUACAUUUCUGCAAAUUUCACUAUUCGCUUCUUUUCUAAUGCAAGAAGUUGUGAUUUUAUAUAUUUUCCCCAGGAUGUUAGAUUUUCAGUGACUAUAUCCCUGUAAUCACAGAACAGCUUCUGUCUGAGGAACCUUAGAAGCAGACAUUAAAGUAGAUUUAAUGUCACAGAUCUGUUGAUAGUAGCAGGCAUCCUGUUUUGCUGACUGUAGAGGAUCUUAAUAGACUAGGUCAGCCUGUUUGUAUAACACUCCCUACAGUACGAGAAAAGUGUUGAAGAGGAAAAAGUACAAAAUGCAUGGUAACAAUUAUGAAGAUUUUUUAGUCUGUAACCAGCAGGAUAGGUAGUCCCAUUUUAAUACCUGAUAAGGCUGUGUGGAAGUAGAACUCCUGAUGUUUCAUUUUUCUUCUGGUUAUCAAGAUAAGCAGCAUGAAUGACAACUAUUUUUUAACUGUUUCCUGUUUUGCUAUGAGAUUGCUCAUUUCCUUACUUCAAACUGUAUUUUUGAAAUUGUACCAAUGUUUAAUGCUUCCGGGCAAGUUAUUCACUGAAAUCCUGUGUUUCACUAAUCAAAAUUCUAAACAGCUGUGGCUGAAUACUAGAAUUGUACAAUUACUUGGAAUAUGAAGAAAAAGAUGGAAUAUUUAGUUGAGGCUAACAUAUCUUCUUGACUGUUGUACAUGUACACGUACAUUAUGCCAAGCUAACCCACAGGCUUAGUAGAGACUAAUUGCAUUGAUGUAAGAAGUUAAGGAUUUGGAAACAGUGCAGACAAACAGGGCAUAAUUUAAGUCUUAUUGGAUCAUUUUCCCAUUAAAUGUUUUGUCUUCAAAUGGAGGGAAAAAAAUUCCACAAGCAGAGGAACAGUCUUAUCCCUUGCUUAUAAAUAAGCCUCUCAUUCUUAGCAGGGCUGGCAAGUACUGGCUGCAGUACUUCUGAUCCGGAGGCAGGGGGGCUGCUCCUGUGUCUCUGUUCAGAGUCUGAGUCCUCACCUGAACUUGGGUGGGGAUAAUGAUUUAGAGGCUUUCAAGAACAGGCAAAAUGCUUAAUAUCUUACCUUCCAGGCUUUCAGUGAUUUGACAGCAUGCAUCCCUUUACAGAGUUCAGCAUCCCUCGUGGAGCACUAGUAUUGACAUCUUAACUGUAAUCUUCCAGCCUGAUAUCUUUUCAUUUACAAAUAUUGCUACAAACAUUGAGCUACAAGCAUUAGUUAUUAUAAACUACAAAUACUCCAUAUUUUAAAGGCAAACAAUUUUGUGUUUAUCUACUGACAGGCUUUUGCUAUUUUAUUUUCAGCAUGCAACGUUUUCUCUUUUAGAAGGAUAUAUGCCAUUGCUAGAACAACCGUUUACAGAGUUUACAGAGCAUUUCAUUGCUGACACUAUGGGAUCUGGUAUACUAAGGACUUGCUGAUAAGAGUGUGAAACUGCCUUUUGCUGUAGCAGGCUACAGACCUACCACAAUGGCCUUCUGGAGAAAGAAAAUUGUAUCAUUGCAUUCAUUAAUAAUAUUUUUUUCAUUUUGAUUUUUAAUUAGUUUGGUAAAAUUCAUUGCAUUCGUAAAUAUUUUUACAGUGUCCUAGCUCUGGAAUAGUUGAUGUCAUUUAUUCUAAAAUGCCUACAAAAAAAUGAGAAUCCAAGCCUGCUCACUUUGCUUCUGAAUUUGGUGGGCUGUUUGAAGAGACAGCUUGGCCAACCAUAUGCACCAAGCUGGCCAAAAGUGUUUGUUCCUGGACAAUGAAAUAAUUUUAGAGGAGUAAUCUUUUACUCCCAGUUUCUAAAUGCACAUUACAUUACAGUAGGACUUUCCAAAUCAUAUUAUUACUUGUAUUAUACUAUAGUUAGUAAGCAAUGUAGAAAGUACACGUAGAAAGUAAAUGUACUGUAUUUUUUUCCUCCUGAAAUCUGCACUGGAUAUAUAUAAAUAUAUGUAUAUCUCCUAGAUUAGGGAGAUUAAAAGCACAGAUUGUAUGGUGCAUAGCUAGUAUGGCUGUCAGAUACCUAAUUAACAGUUUAAACAGUGACUGAAAUAAGUAUUUUGCAAGCACUCUGGAAGCUUCAGAAUGUGAAAUAAAGGUAGAUGUUAUACUCUCUA